GCGCAGCGUCGCUGCCAUCCCGGAAGCGCUGGGCUGAGUUCGCGCCACGUCUCUCCCGGCGGCCCCUCCCCGUCUCCGCAGUCCCUGCGUCCCAGCCGGGGCUCCGAGGACCAGACCCAGAGCAUCAUGGGCAGCGAGGCCCCUCGCGCUUCAUCCUUCCAGAUGCUGCUGCUGCUGUUGUUGCUCCUGCUCCGGGCCGAGCGACUGCGGGGCGCCGAGCUCACCUUCGAGCUGCCGGACAACGCCAAGCAGUGUUUCCACGAAGAGGUGGAGCAGGGCGUGAAGUUCUCUCUGGAUUACCAGGUUAUCACUGGAGGCCACUACGAUGUGGACUGCUAUGUGCAGGACCCUGUGGGGAACGUCAUCUACCGGGAGACCAAGAAGCAGUACGACAGCUUCACACACAGGACGGAGGUCAAGGGCGUUUAUCAGUUUUGCUUCAGUAAUGAAUUUUCCACCUUCUCACACAAGACCGUCUACUUUGACUUCCAAGUGGGUGACGAGCCCCCCAUUCUCCCAGACAUGGGGAAUAGGGUCACAGCUCUCACUCAGAUGGAAUCUGCCUGCGUCACUAUUCACGAGGCUCUGAAGACUGUGAUCGACUCCCAGACACAUUACCGCCUGCGAGAGGCCCAGGACCGAGCCCGAGCUGAAGACCUUAAUAGUCGGGUGUCUUACUGGUCUGUCGGAGAGACUAUUGCCCUGUUUGUGGUCAGCUUCAGCCAGGUGCUACUGCUGAAAAGCUUCUUCACAGAGAAACGACCCGUUAACAGAGCUGUCCACUCCUAGCCACGCCGGACCACACCACAGCCCCUUGCACCCUCGGGUCUCCAGUUCCUGCAGGGAUGGGGGUGUGACCCAGGGUGAAGGGAGAGUUGCAGGGAGAACAAAGGCCACACUUUGUUGUUAGUGCACAUAUCUGAUCCUUGUACUCCAGCAACUGAAACUCACAGAUACCGGUAAUCUGGAGCAUCUAAUUGUAUUGUGUGUGCAACAUUGACCAAAAAUGUUUACGGGUCAGCCUAGGGAUUGGCCACUGUUGGGAGGCUCAGUGAUCCAGCAGCCAAGCUGUGGGAGAACUCUAAGUACCUGGGUCUCCAGGGCACCUUAAGGUUCUGCCACUGCUCCAUGAUAAUGGGUCAUUAGAUUGUUGUGCCCUCUUUCAUCUGGACAUCAAGAACUCAGUUUUUGUCUUUCUUCCCAUAGGCCUCUCUGUACCUUAGGAUAUCAGGUCUAAUCUGGAGGCAGUAGGGUCAGCUGUACAACCAGGACCCAAAUGGAGAGUGAGUGUCCUUGGUGAUCUCUAGCUCCUGGAGGCAGAACUGUGCUAAUAAAUCCAAGUUUGAGCACUCUGGAA